CAUCAUUCUGGUGAUGAUGUUGCCGCUUGUUCAUUGUCGCGCUCCUGUGGCAGCGUGGGCUCGGUGGCCGCAUCGUCCGCGAUGGUGGUAGCGGCGCCCAGAUCCGAGACGCCAGCACCGCAGAAUGCGGCAUUGGGGGCAGAUCAGGAGACGCCGGUGCCGGCCCGAGUGCAGAGCCAUCGGACGGUGGAAAGAGACCAGCGAGAUUCGUUUCUCUCGCAGCUGGUGCAGGACGCGGCGAGCGCGAGUGGUGGCAGCGACUCGGACUCGCUGGCACUCUCGCUGCACUCGGGCGACUCGCUCUUCCCGCCGCGAACCUCGCUCACCACCGCCUCGCUGCCAUCCAACUCGGCAUUGUGGUCGGAUGACGAAUCGAGCAGAGAUGGGCGACAUCGCGGCGCGCUGCUGGAUGAGGCCGUUGCUGCCGAGCGGUCGCGGACGCGCUCACACAGAACGCCACAGUUCCUGGUCAACGAACAUGAUCCGCUUCGUGGCCUCCCGCGCUCUCUCCCGCAUCCCAAGCGGAAGAUUUUUACCCGAGAUGAGGUCUCAUCACUGAUGCGAGCUGCCAUCCGUGCCUCGCCGGCCGCGUCGGCCAUGCAGCGACGAUCCGACUACUGGCAGAGCCGGCACAUCCGCGACUCGCCAGCCGCUCGACGGGCCGGACAAACAUCCACCGCACCUACGCGUGUCUCUGCUGGCAUUACACUCCCGACCUGGAUCGCUGAACGCGCCCGCGAUGUGGCGUCUGUCCGGCCACCUACCUUCUCGCCAUCGCCAACCAAGGCCUCGGCGGUUUUGCAGCUCGAAGCGCUGCAUCCGGGCGUCUCAUCAUCGCGCGAGCGGCGCGAACGCCAUGCUCGCCAGCAACUCUCGAGCAGCUGGUGCGAGUUUGCCUCGUCAUUUGAUCUUCUUGGCGAGCUCCAGGCGCCAUCAUACGCCAGCUUUGUGGAGCAACUGUCAGCAAAGAUCCGACUCUCGCCGCUGUUCUUCAAGGAGACGCCCAUCAUCAUUGAACCGCAUCCAGCCAUGCCAUCGCCUUCUCCGCAAGAGUUGGCUGUGGCUCUCAAGGCCAUUGCCGCUCUUGGUCUUCGUGUUGCUGGUCUGGGGGCUGGCUUUGGCGCAGAUCACGCCAAUGAUGCUGCCCUGCCGCUGUUUGUGCCCACUACCGCCGGUGGUAAGAGUGGUGAUGAGGCGGCUGCUGAGCCGGUGGCAAAGGCGCAGCCUGUGCAGGGCGAUGCCGCUGAGCCACAGGCUCCACGUCCGGCGCUGGUUGUCUCGGGAUCGGUCCGGUCUGGCCAGCAGGUGUACGCGCAGGGCCGGGAUCUGGUGGUUCUGGGCUCGGCCAACACCGGGUCGGAGCUCCUUUCCGACGGCGACAUCCAUGUCUAUGGCAAGCUCAAAGGCAAGGCGCUGGCCGGUCUGGCCGGCAACGUCGGCGCUCGCAUCUACGCGCAGGCGUUCGACCCCGAGCUGGUGGCGGUCGGCAACGUGUAUGUCCAGUGCGACGCCAUCGGCCCCGAGCAUGUCGCCGACUCGCCCGUCAGCGUCCACGUUGCUGAUCCCAGCUCGGAGAGUCCCGAGCUUGCCUUUACUUCGUUCGAGGUCAAGACGUCGGCGGUGUAG